AUGAAUAUUGAAAAUGAACAUUUAUUUUAUAGUGGAUCAUAUGAUGGAACUAUACAAUUAUGGGAUGAUAGAAAAUUACAAUCUUCAUUGAAAACAAGUAUAAAACAUUCUGGAUAUGUAAAUUCUUUAUGUUUUUACAAUAAUCAAAUUUAUUCAACUUCCAUAGAUGGAAUUUCUAUUUUUGAUUCAAAUAAUUUAAAAUUAAUUUCAAAAUCAAAACAAAAAAGUGAAAUUUUAUCUUCAUGUCAUUUAUCAACAGGUGAAAAUUCAUCACAUUUAUAUUUUUCAUCCAAAGAUGGAAGUGUUAAAAUAUUUGACAUGAAUUGUAAUCAAGUCAUUUUCACAUUAAAUGAAAUUGAUCAAAUUUCAAUGAAUGCAAUGGAUUGUAAUUUGAAUAGAUUAUAUUCAUGUAAUAAUCAAGGUCAAGUUAAAGAAUUUGAUUUGGAAAAUUUAUAUGAAAUUCAAACAUUUGAAACCAAAUCAAUGAAUGAUUUAAAAAAUAUGGAUAGUUCAAUACGUUCAUGUUUACUGUGUGAAAAUUUACUUUUAUUAGGAAUUCAAUCUAGAAAGAUAAAGGUAUUACUUUUAUAG